AUGGAGCACAGCCACAUCUUCGCCUCUCUUCCCACCAACAGUGGUGUUUGGGGCUCUGGAUCACCUCCUGUUGGACCCCAACGUUGCCCCCUAGGACCACUGCCCAUCAUCUACUACAGCAUCUUGCUUUGCCUUGGCCUGCCAGUUGCCAACAUCCUGACCGUCAUCGUCUUGUCCCAGCUGGUCUCCCGACGUCAGAAGUCGUCCUACAACUAUCUGUUGGCCCUGGCAGCGGCAGACAUCCUGGUUCUCUUCCUCAUUGUCUUUGUGGACUUCCUGCUGGAGGACUUCAUCCUGGGUAUCCCACUGCCACCAUCUGUCAACAAAGUGGUCCAAGUGCUGGAGUUCUCCUCUAUCCACACGUCCAUUUGGAUCACGGUGCCGCUGACAGUAGACCGCUACAUUGCUGUGUGCCACCCGUUGCGCUAUCACACCGUCUCCUACCCUGCCCGCACACGUCGUGUCAUCCUGGCUGUCUACUUAGGCUGCCUGCUUUCCAGCGCUCCCUAUUACUGGUGGCCAGACCUUUGGUUGGAGCCACCAAACGGGGUCAACGGGGGCCGGACCACUGGAGGUGGGGCCAGCCACCUUGGUCAGCAUGUGCUGGUGUGGGCACAUUGUGCCACUGUCUACCUGGUGCCAUGCUCCAUCUUCUUUGCCCUCAACUCUGUCAUUGUGCGCAAGCUCCACCGGCGCAGCUGCUUCCGCCUCCGCGGCUACUCUGCGGGCAAGAGCACCGCAAUUCUCCUGGCAAUCACCUCAGUCUUCGCUGCACUGUGGGCACCACGUGUGGUCAUGAUCCUGUACCACCUGUACGCCACACCCCCCACUGCACCUGGACCGGCUCAGCUGCUCCAUCUGGUCACUGACAUAGCCAACAUGCUGGCUCUGCUCAACACAGGUGUCAAUUUCUUUCUGUACUGCUUCAUCAGCAAGCGCUUCCGGGUCAUGGCUGCCGACGUGCUCAGGUCUUUGUUCCGCUGCAGGAAGCAACCAGCACACUUUUACGCCAGCCACAACUUCUCCAUCACUAGCAGUCCAUGGAUUUCCCCCGCCAACUCCCACUGCAUCAAGAUGUUUGUCUACCAGUAUGACAAGAAUGGAAAGCCUAUCUGCAUCUCCUCCUGA